AUGCCUCCUAGAACGACGAAGCGCAAAUCCGCUCCUGUCAAGGAGGUCAACGGCGCUGGCUCAAAGAAGGCCCGCACAACUUCGGGGUCUCCCGAGUCGCCUGCAGGUCAGCCCUCAGCGAUAGACCGCCUGCGACAGCCACAUCCGUUUUACAAAGAUGCCGAAGAGAGCGGCAUUGUCAUGCGGAAGUUCUACCCCCACGAGAUGAGCAACGAGCGCGCUCGGGCGUAUACCAGCGAAGAACUACCUCGGCCCAUCCAGGAUUUGCAAGAGGCCCUUUCACAGACGCUCCCCAUCCGGCGGAAAGUCAAGAUCGGGGAUGCCGUGAUGCACUGGUUUAAGAUGGACCUGCGCACGUCAGACAACACCGCCUUGCGCAUGGCCAGUGAAAAGGCCAAGGCUGCAGGCGUCCCACUGGUAGCCCUGUACAUCAUCAGCCCACAGGACUGGGAGGCGCACUUGACGUCGCCGGUCAGGGUCGAUUUCACGUUGCAGAAUCUCGAGGUCCUCAAGCAGGACCUAGCGAAUCUAGACAUCCCUCUUCAUAUCGAGACGGUGGAGAAGAGGCGCCAGGUUCCGCAACGUGUUCUGGAUCUCUUGGAGGAUUGGGGCGUCAGUCAUCUGUUCGCCAACAUGGAGUAUGAAGUAGACGAGUUACGCAGGGAGGCCCAGCUGGUCAGGAUGCUGGCCGAGAAUGGAAAGUCGAUGGAGGUUGUUCACGACACGUGCAUCGUUCCUCCAGGAUGCCUCAAAAGUGGCACAGGAAAACAGUACGCGGUCUAUUCGCCCUGGUUCCGCGCCUGGCUCAAGUAUACCGCUUCCAACCCAAAGCUUGUCGAGCUCGUCGAGGCUCCCCAGAAGAACCCUGCAAGUGCGAGGGCAAAGUUCUCACACCUAUUCGAAUCUGAAGUGCCACAAGCGCCCGACACAAAGGCACUCGACCCCGACAGCCGAGACAGACUGCGCCAGCUCUGGCCGGCCGGAGAGCACGAGGCCCGCAAGAGGCUAGAGGCGUUUUGCAAGACGCGCAUCGGGCAGUACGCCGCGGAGCGCAACUUCCCCGCCGGAGAUGGCACUUCCUCCAUCUCAGCCUACCUGGCGAGUGGUGCGUUGAGUGCUCGGACGGCGGUCCAUCACGCGCAAGAGUCUGCCAGCACGGCGAAGCUGGACAGGGGCUCUCAAGGGAUGCAGACCUGGAUCAGCGAGGUGGCCUGGCGCGACUUCUAUAAACAUGUUUUAGUCAAUUGGCCUUACGUGUGCAUGAACAAGCCGUUCAAGCCCGAAUACUCCAACAUUUCUUGGUCGUACGACCGCGAGCAGUUCAGCGCCUGGUGCGAAGGCCGGACGGGCUUUCCGAUCGUGGACGCGGCAAUGCGACAGCUGGCAAGCACGGGGUGGAUGCACAACCGCUGCCGCAUGAUCGUGGCCUCGUUUCUGGCCAAGGACCUGCUGAUCGACUGGCGCAUGGGCGAGCGCUUCUUCAUGGAGCAUCUCGUCGACGGCGACUUCGCCAGCAACAACGGCGGUUGGGGCUUCGCGGCCAGCGUCGGCGUCGACCCGCAGCCCUACUUCCGCGUCUUCAACCCGCUCCUCCAGAGCGAGAAGUUCGACCCGGAUGGCGACUACAUCCGCAAGUGGGUGCCCGAGCUCAGGGGCGUCAAGGACCGCAAGGCCAUACACGACCCGUACGGGAGGGGGGUUGGGGCCGAGGCGCAGAGGAGGGGGUACCCGAAGCAGAUGGUGGAGCACAAGGGCUGCCGCGAGAGGGCGCUGGCCGCUUAUAAGGAGGGCAUUUCGAAGGAUAUGUGA